AAUGGUAGUUUCUCAGAAAAAAAGUUCUUGUCUUGAUACGCAGAUAGAAAAAUUGAUUUCGAUCCAAGUUUUGUUAAUCCUACACAACAGUACCUAGAUAAAUCUUUAAAAAUGCAGGCUCCAUUAUCUCGUAUUGCUAACCGUCUUGGUAGGAAUGUAAUGUCUAACUUUGUCCGUAAACAUUCUCACGGAGGAGUCCCUGGAGAGAAUCUUCCUUUCGACAUUAACAACCGAUAUAAGCUGACUGCUUUGUUCACCGUUUUCAUUGGAUCUGGUCUUGGAGCACCUUUCCUCAUCACCCGCCACCAACUGCUUAAGAAGGCUUAAUUUAUUGAUGCAGCUACAAUUCCUGUUGUAUUUAGGUUAAGCUAGAACAGUGUAUAUUAUGUCUUAAUAAAUUAUGAUUUAGAUCA